AUGUUCCGGUCUCUGGCUCCCCGCGCCGUGCAGAGGGUGACACGCCCCGUCUCGAACAGCACAUUCUGCGCAUCCAACAUCUACUUCCAGAAUAGAUUACGACGCAGCUACGCAACGGAAUCUGAGGAGAAGGACCUGGUCAUCAUCGGUGGCGGUGUUGCGGGAUAUGUCGCGGCUAUCAAGGCUGGACAGGCCGGCCUGAAGGUCGCCUGUAUCGAGAAGCGCGGCUCCCUCGGCGGAACCUGCCUGAACGUCGGCUGCAUUCCGUCCAAGUCACUCCUGAACAACUCGCACCUUUACCACCAGAUCCUCCACGACACCAAGGGCCGCGGCAUCGAGGUCAACGAUGUCAAGCUCAACCUCCCCGCCAUGAUGAAGGCGAAGGACACCUCGGUCGCUGGUCUGACCAAGGGUAUCGAGUUUCUCUUCAAGAAGAACAACGUAGAGUACAUUAAGGGUACUGGCGCCUUCCAGGACGAGCACACUAUCGCUGUCAACCUCGUUGAGGGCGGCGAAACCACCGUCCGCGCCAAGAACAUUCUUAUUGCCACUGGUUCUGAGGCCACACCCUUCCCCGGUCUGACCAUUGAUGAGCAGAGGGUCAUCACUUCCACUGGCGCCAUUGCGCUCCAGGAGGUUCCCAAGAAGAUGGUCGUCAUUGGUGGCGGUAUCAUCGGUCUCGAGAUGGCUUCCGUCUGGUCGCGUCUCGGCUCCGACGUCACCGUCGUUGAGUUCCUUGGUCAGAUUGGUGGUCCCGGUAUGGACCAGGAGAUCGCCAAGAACGCUCAGAAGAUCCUCAAGAAGCAGGGUCUGAACUUCAAGCUCAACACCAAGGUCAUGGCCGGCGAGGUUUCCGAGCAGGGUAUCCAGGUCAACGUUGAGGCCGCCAAGGGUGGCAAGGCCGAGAGCAUUGACGCUGAUGUCGUUCUCGUCGCUAUCGGCCGCCGCCCCUACACUGCCGGUCUCGGUCUCGACAACAUCGGUCUUGAGACUGAUGACCGUGGCCGCCUGAUCAUCGACCAGGAGUACCGCACCAAGAUCCAGCACAUCCGCGCUAUCGGUGAUUGCACCUUCGGUCCUAUGCUUGCCCACAAGGCCGAGGAGGAGGCUGUCGCCGCCAUCGAGUACAUCACCAAGGGCCACGGCCACGUCAACUACGGUGCCAUCCCCUCGGUCAUGUACACUCACCCCGAGGUUGCAUGGGUUGGCCAGAACGAGCAGGAGCUCAAGGAGGCCGGCAUCAAGUACAAUGUCGGAAAUUUCCCCUUCUCUGCCAAUUCCCGUGCGAAGACUAACCUCGACACCGAGGGCAUGGUCAAGUUCCUCGCAGACGCCCAGACCGACAGGAUACUGGGCAUCCACAUCAUCGGCGCCAACGCUGGUGAGAUGAUUGCUGAGGGCACUCUUGCUCUCGAGUACGGCGCUAGCUCAGAGGAUGUUGCACGCACAUGUCACGCUCACCCUACUCUUGCUGAGGCGUUCAAGGAGGCUGCCAUGGCCACCUACGACAAGGCUGUUCACUACUAG